ACUGGCACUUUGCCUCUUUUAUUCCUGCCACUGGCCGCCUUCCCGCGUUCGAGCAACACGGAACAAAUGUGAACAUUUCAAACAAAAACACCGGUUUAUUACUCGCGCUCUCUCGCUCGUCCCCGUCUCCGAGGAACCAUGGCGGUAAACUUCGGCAAAAUUGUCGUGGGAAUAUACGUGGAGAUAAAACGGAGUGACGGGCGAAUACAUCAGGCCAUGGUAACGUCUUUAAAUGAAGAUAACGAAAGUGUUACUGUGGAGUGGAUAGAAAAUGGAGACACGAAAGGAAAAGAGAUUGAUCUAGAGUGUAUAUUUUCACUAAACCCAGAUGUUGCUCCAGAGGAGGAGAUUUCUCUGAGCCCGGUAACACCACCUCCACCCACACCUACUUCUGUGAAGGUCAACAAGAUCCCCAAGAAUCGAAGGACUAUUGCUCCUGGAAGGGCUGAGAUCCCAUCCAGAGAUAAUAGAGUCGGAUCAACUCGGGCGCGUCCUGGCCAGCAGCAGCCGGAGUCAGCCCUCCCUCCACCUGCUCAGCAACCAGCCCAACCUACACAGACCCAAACACAGCAGAGCCAGCAACAGCAACAGAAUGCGAGGAGGAAGUCCAACUGUGUGAAGGAGGUUGAGAAACUGCAGGAGAAGAGAGAAAGGCGGCGACUGCAGCAGCAAGAGUUAAGGGAGAAGAGAGCGCAGGAGGUGGACACGACAAUCCCCAACUAUGAAAUAAUGCAGAUGAUCAGAGACUUUAGGGCAAGCCUGGAUUACAGACCACUAACCACGGCUGAUUUGAUUGAAGAGCACAGAAUAUGUGUAUGUGUAAGGAAGCGCCCUCUUAACAAAAAAGAACUCACUGCAAAGGAGCUAGACGUCAUCACCAUCCCUAGUAAAGAUGUUGUCAUGGUCCAUGAGCCUAAGCAGAAAGUGGACCUCACCCGAUACCUAGAGAAUCAAACUUUUCGCUUUGAUUAUGCCUUUGACGACAGUGCAGCAAAUGAAAUGGUUUACAGGUUCACAGCAAGACCUUUGGUGGAAACCAUCUUUGAGAGAGGAAUGGCUACAUGCUUUGCAUAUGGCCAAACUGGAAGUGGAAAAACACAUACCAUGGGUGGAGAUUUUUCAGGAAAGAACCAGGAUUGUUCAAAAGGAAUCUAUGCGUUAGCUGCUCGUGAUGUUUUUCUUAUGCUGAAGAAACCCAACUACAAGAAGUUGGAUCUUCAAGUCUACUCAACCUUUUUUGAAAUUUACAGUGGAAAGGUGUUUGACUUGCUGAACCGUAAAGCAAAGCUGCGUGUACUGGAGGACGGGAAGCAGCAGGUGCAGGUGGUUGGGCUGCAGGAGAGAGAAGUCAGAUGCACUGAAGAUGUCCUCAAGCUCAUUGAGGUUGGAAACAGCUGCAGAACAUCAGGACAGACUUCUGCCAAUGCACACUCGUCCCGUAGCCAUGCUGUCUUCCAGAUUAUUCUGCGCAGGAAGGGGAAGAUGCACGGCAAGUUUUCACUGAUUGACCUGGCAGGAAAUGAGCGUGGUGCUGAUACAUCCAGCGCUGACCGGCAGACACGGCUGGAGGGAGCAGAGAUCAACAAGAGUCUACUUGCACUGAAGGAGUGUAUUAGAGCCCUGGGGCGGAACAAACCGCACACGCCGUUCAGAGCCAGCAAACUUACACAAGUGCUCAGAGACUCGUUCAUCGGAGAGAACUCAAGGACUUGCAUGAUUGCCACCAUUUCUCCAGGAAUGGCUUCCUGUGAAAACACCCUGAACACACUACGAUAUGCCAACAGAGUAAAGGAGUUUGGGAUUAGUCCCUCAGACAUCCCGUUUUCUCAGGGAGGAAGUCGUUCUGGGCUCUCUCCCACUUGCGAAGUUAAGGAGCUGACCGUGGACCCGAACGCCAUGGCUGAAGGAGUCCGUCCCAACAUCAACGCCAUCAACCAGCUGGACAUCAUGGAGGAGGAGUGGGAGCUGAGCAGCUCCCCACAGAGGGAUGACCUCAAGCUGCUCUGUGAACAGAAUGAAGAGGAAGUGUCUCCUCAGCUCUUCACCUUCCAUGAGGUGGUGUCCCAGCUGGUGGAGAUGGAGGAGCAGGUGCUGGAGGAUCACCGAGCAGUGUUUCAGGAGUCAAUUAGGUGGCUGGAGGAUGAGAAGGUUCUGCUGGAGAUGACUGAGGAGGUGGAUUAUGAUGUAGACUCGUACUCCUCGCAGCUGGAGCAGAUACUCGACCAGAAGAUUGAUGUCCUGAUUGAGCUCAGAGAUAAAGUGAGGUCGUUCCGCUCAGCCCUGCAAGAAGAAGAACAAGCCAGUAAGCAGAUCAAUCCCAAGAGGCCUCGGGCUCUGUAGACUGGGACUAAGGUUGCAGGCACAAGCAUGACGGCUAGACACUUGGCAAAGUUACAGCAGUUUCAGCACAUACCAAAUAUCCGUAAUGUGUGUCCGUGCUAGAUGACCUGCUAGUGUCCAGCAGAGUUACUCAGAAUUUGAAUGUCUUUCUUUGGCUCACAUGUGAAAUAUUCAAAACAUUAGAUCAUUGCAUUGAUGUACUGCACUGCUUUAAGUGGACUGCUGAUCUUCAAGCAAUGUCUGGCAGAAGCUGCAAUCGUGCCCAUCUACUAAUGAAACAUCUCACACAAAAUUACACUGAAUAACGUUUUGAAGAUCAGCAUGUGCCUUAAGACAGCUGUACAAGCACAGCCAUUCACGUAAGCAAGUGGAAUUUGUAUUUUUGUUAGAAGAACUGAAGGAAUGAAACUGCAGUAGACUUGGGAAAUAGAUUUCUUUUCUUUGUAUUUGAUUUGUAUUUAUUUACCUCUUUUUUUUUUUUCUUUUUUUUUUAAUUUAGGUAAAUGGCUGUGAACUACAUGGUCCAUUUUUUUAGGGUCUUUACCACCUUCUUUAUUUGAAGCUGUUUUAAACUGAAUGCAUGUGCUUUUAGUAACCUGUUUCCCAUUGGCCGUUACCAGCAUGGCAGACCAGGCCCAUCUGCACUUUAUAUAACCCUGUUUCUCUAGGGGUCUAAUAUUGGACCUCUCUUAAGUUGUAUUAAUCUAGUAUCUCCAUUCGGGGGGGUUAGUUAUGUCCUUUAGUGUUUGUUUCAGUCACACUGUUCAACUUAAAUUGUCUAAAUUAAUGAUCUCAAGGAGGUUGCUGCUGCUCUGAGGUGUGAGUAGAGCUGUAUUUGGUCAGUAAUAAUGAAUUGUGUUGUUUCUUGGUUUUACUAGGACAUUGUCCUCUUAUACACUUUUUACUCUGUGCUGUGGCUCUUUCUGACCAGCUGCAGAAUGCUCCAUUGUGCAUUAACACUAUCUUGGCUGGUGUCUAGAAAACAUGUUGCUUAAAACACUCCACCAUUUUAUCUACUUUAAGAAAAAAAGAUGCUAUUAACAGACAUAUGGAACAGAUCCUGUCAUUACAGCUGAUCUUUUCACUGUUAGCACCAAACUCUGGUGGCUAAAUAUAGAUCAAUUUGACAAGACCGUUAUGAUGUUUGUAGAGUUUGCAGUUUAACAGCUGGUGCUUUUCUUGUAGAGCCUCAGGAGAGUGGGACAGUGCGGGGACAGACAGACAGACAGACAGAUCGAUCACCCAACCUCACUUGAGCCAUGCGCUAGGGAGAAGAUUUUAGAACCAGGUAGUCAGUGAGACAAAAAACAGAUAUAUAGUUAUACUAUUAAUAAAGUGACACUUGUGUGUGUUGUAUUUUGAGAUAAGCAGGAGUACUCUGAUCUGAUAAGUCUGCUUCACUGAAAGCAAGAUUGUUAUAUUUGGUAUGAAAUUUAAAAAAAAAAAAAUAACAAACACAAAUCUUAUUCUUUGAUGCAUCUUACAUAAGCAAAGAUGACAUUAGCCAGUAUUUUAAACUGUACCUAUGGUACACAUCACACAUUGGUACCAGUACUUAUUAGUACAGGUAUUGAGAAUUUGAUGGUACUGACACAGCACUAUGAAAGUCCUUGAUUUUCCUGGGAUGUUCCUAUAAAGCAUUAUAUCUGACAGACGUGUAUAUGUAGGGUUUGUUUUUAGAAGGUUGCUUUUUUCAUUUAAAUCAGUCAUAAACCACAGGAAGGAACCAACACAUUGGUCCUGUUGCAGCCUGCUAAAAGAAAAUGCAUGCCAUUACUCCAAGAGGUGCAAAGAUUCCAUGUGCCAGCUUUCCUCUUUUAUGGAGAUAACAGAAGAGAAGUGUAAUAACCUCACUGUCUCCUUUAGAUCAAAAAUCAAAUAUGUUUGUGGAUAGAGCUUCAGCUUUUCUUCUACUCCUCUGCUGGUUAUUGAUAUAACCUGAGAAUUUACAACCUCUUCUCUCUUAGCGUUUCAUGUUUACAUUUCAAUUCUUUUAAAAUUAGGGAUGGGAAACUUUAGGCGCCGAUGUAAUUUCAAUGCAGGGUGCAACAAUGCGAUUACAGAACUCUCAUCCUCAAGGUAUCUUGAUGAAUCUCGGUUCUGUACAUGGUGGAUUUUUUGCUGCUUUGUGACCAUUUUGUACUUUUAAAGCAUAAACUGAAAUAAGUACAAUGACUCCUGCAUGUGCAACACUGAGCAAAAGCCUGGAUUUUCCACAACAGCAAAUCUUUUGUGAUGAACUUUUGCAGUUGACCUGCUAAACUGCUUUGCCCUUUACAAGUUAUGUAAUUGUGUUGUGACUUACUCGAGGCUUCUGUGUUGAACAGGAAGAGCAGACUGUUUUCCCUUCAACACUGGAUGAACAUGUGCGAUGGAAUUUUAAAACUUUAAAACUGAAUUCCCAGUUUACUCUGUGUUUAUUUUUUGAGAUCUUUUGAGCCUGAAGUUCUCAAACUGGCUUAAAACACAAUUUCGGUGAAAAAAUAUGGUUUGUUAUUGUACAUUUUAGGAUAAUAUUGUAGCACCUUGAGGCUAACCUCUAAAUGAAAGGCGCCCUAUAAAUAAAAUGCGUUAUCAUCAUCAGUAUACAGUCCAGCCAUCCUGUGUUUGAGGUUCAUGAAAAGUGGAUCCCAGCUGAGUUGAACGCAUGAAGUAGCCUGAGGGUGAGAAAGAAACAAGAAGCAAUGGUAAUCAAAAGAACAGAAUUAUUUUAGCUAUAUCAGGAAUAACUACACAAGUGAAAAAUGUAUUUGCAAAGUAUAUUCACUUACACCAUGAAGUCAUCUAUGUCCAUUGAUCGUGCCCGUUUUUCACUAAACUGAGCUUCCUGUAGAACGCUCUCAAGUUUCUGGGUAAUGCUGAAGUCCUGUGGUACUUCCUAUUAACAUGGGAUUAGAAUGGCCCAGAAUCAAAUGUCUGACACCAAAUGUGCCAAAUAUAUUAACAGCACCACGGAGAACAUACAAACAAUUUUAGAUAAUCUACCAUACAGAAUAUUCUGAUGAAUAGUGGGUGUAACUGUUUACUUACUAUGUUGUGCAUGGAGCAAUGAAUUCUGUAGUUCUUCUCCAAAAGCUGCUCAACAGCAGCAGACCUGGGGGAAAAAAACAAUACAAGAGAUGAAAAUGUUUGUUUUUAGGUACAACUGACAAAUGUCAAGUCAUUAAACUGAAAUAAAUACUUACUUGAAGGCUGCACUCAGAGUUUUGUUCUUUCUUACAAAGGCAAUUCUGACAAGACCAUCCCAUUCCUAAAGAUAAAUCAUACAUUUUAGUAAAUAAUAUAUAUAAAAUACAUAUAAUCUAAAGUGCAUAUUCAGUGUUAAAUAACAAACUGCACUUGACUCAAUAAACAGAGUGUUGUACAACACCCCAGGUGCAACUGAAAUAGAAAUGAUUGCAUGAGGUUGUACUGAACGUUCAGAGAUGAAAAAGUUUACAUCUAUCCUUUGUUUAAAUGUGGAUGUUUUGCUUGUAUUGGGAGUGGUUGCCUUUUUGGCUACUUUCUACAGCAACAAUUAGAGCAAAGGAACCUGUUAAAUAUUUCUGUUUACGUGGAAUAAUAUUCUGUAGUUCUAUAAUGUGAGAAACUGGAAAAUUUGCUACAUUAUUCAUUAUAAUAAAACACAUCAGGCCUGCCUUU